UCCUCCUCCACACGCGCGCGCUACAGACGCUAUGGACAGUAGGGUUCGACUCGCGCUACGCGGCACGACAUUAUUUUUAGCGGCUGGUUUGUGUUGCUGUGUGGGAGUAGCAGGAGCUCGCUCCAUCUCUGCCGCCGCACGAGGAACAUUCGUCAUAUACGUCCGGCCUACGCUUGUUGGAGCUCUGCUUGAGGUUUUCCGUUUCAAGCGAGGAUAACGGAUCGUUCCUAACUGGACGACAAUAACACGACUCUUCUGAAAGGGGCUGUAUCACGUUAACAAUCGCCCAUUGAUACCGGAUAGUUUGUUCUUGCACCCAGCCGGCCUGGUGUUGGGUAGACUAAAAAAGAAAUGACUAGUCCCAGCGCGGAUAGCCACGCAUCAAUAAAUGCCACUCAAAACGAAUCGGGGCCAAUUGAAGCAAGUCAUCCUGAACCCGCAUUUCAAGAGGCGCAGGAAUGGAUCGAGGCCGUGACGGGGAGAAGCUUUGGAGACAAGGGCUUCCGCAGUGGUCUGGAGAAUGGCAUCCUGUUGUGCGAGCUCCUGAGUGCUAUAAAACCAGGACUGGUGAAGAAAAUCAACAGACUGCCCACACCAAUUGCGGGACUGGACAACCUGACGGUGUUCCUGAGGGGCUGUGAGGAGUUGGGCCUCAAUGGGUCGCAGCUGUUUGAUCCAGGGGACCUGCAAGACACAUCCAUACGGGCCAACCUCAAAGAUGCUGACUGCAACAGAAAACUCAAGAAUGUCCUGAAUACAGUGUUCUGGCUGGGCAAAGCUGCUAACAGCUGCACCUCCUACAGUGGUCCUACUCUCAACCUCAAGGAGUUUGAAGAACUGCUGGCUCAAAUGAGAAUGGGCUGUGAAGCGAUGGGUGACACUGGUGCCCUGACAGUGAGAGACAGUGGCUAUGACUGCUGGGAUUCUGAGCGGAGUGAGUCCCUCUCUUCACCUUGCCACACCCGAGACAACUCACUGGACAGUCUGGACUCCUUUGGUUCCCACUCUCAGCAAAGCCCUUCUCCUGAUGUGAUCAACAGACUCAACAGUGAUGGGCGGGGCAGUGACUCGGAAGCGGAUGGUAAGAAGCCAGAUGUGCGCAGGGAUGACAUGUUGGCCCGGAGGACGGCCAGCAGCGAAUCACGAGCCCCCGUUCCCUUCAACCAGUUCCUGCCCAACCGGACCAACGCCACCGCCUACGUCCCGGCCCCCCGCCGCCGGGCCCACGGCGAGGAGGGGGAGCAGCGGAGUCAACACUCCCCCGUCUUAGCAGAAGGUGAUAGUAUGGCAAGUUCUGGCCCUCGAUCCAAACCCCUGAAAACCGUCACAUGGGCCCGGGGAGACAGCGUCAAUGAGGUGGACGAGGAACCCACUCAGCAAGGUCCGGACCUGACCCAGGGAGACCAGGACUGUUCCCAGGAAGACCAGGAGUGCACCCAGGAAGACCAGGAUUGCACCCAGGAAGGCCGGGAUGUGAGCCGGGAAGUCUUAGAGCAGAAGAGGUUGCAGAGGCUUCAGAAGGCCGGGAUAAAGGUCCUGCCUGCCGCCGUUCGCUACAGCAGGGUCCAAGAACCCUCGGAGGAGGAGCGCCACAAAGACAGGGGUCCGUCGCCCGACAUCAUCCUCCGGCGGGACAACGACUUCCUGUCCAAUCACAAAGCCACGUGGGACGCGUCCUCCUCGUCCGACGACGAGGGCGAGGAGGAGGCCCGGAGGAAGGUUCCGGACGUGCGCAAGGACGACCUGGCGUCGCGGCGGGCCUCCCGCGCGGCCCUGGCUCCCAGGGUGCACCAGUUCUUGCCGGCGCCGGUCUGCAGCAGCAGGGACCGGGAGCGCUGGGAGGGCAUCCGGCGAGCCUCCCAGCAGGCCCUGCAGGAGAAGGAGCCCAGUGAGAGGGCGGCGGCUGUCUCUGACAUCAUCACGCGAAAAGACAACCCCUUCCUGAACGCCAACCCGCGGGCGGGGGAAGGGGAAGACGAGGAGGAUGAGGAGCAGGGGGGAAUGGGAGGAGUUAAGGCGGUGCCCAAUAAGGUGAUGGAUGACCUGGCUCGGAGGCGGGCUCUGGCAAAGCCCCGCCCCCAUAGGGAGGGACCAAUGAGCUUCGGGUCUGCCUCGAUGAGCCAGGCAGACAAGCUGAAGUGGGAGAGACUCAGAAUGGCUGAACCAAGUGAUCCCGGCCCCGCCCCGGCGUGCGGGGCCGGGCGGGGCCGCCAGGUGGACGGCCCCGCCCCGGCGUGCGGGGCUUGUCAGGGCAGCCAGGUGGACGGUCCCCCCAUCGGCUCGGCCAAGGCCGGACGCAGCCGUAGCAAAGUGGUGACCUUUGGUGGAGUGACUGAGAUCAUGCAGCCCAGGGAAGGGGAACAGUCAGACACGCUUAGGCGGCUUCUCGCCAAGGCAACCAUUGCUAUGCCUACUAUUGACCUGGCCUCCCGGCUAAGGGAGGAGGAACGCAGCCAGGUCAACGGAUCCGACCCCAUGCUAACUCCGCCCCCCACCCCCUCUGACCUCCGACCCUGGACCCCCGAGGCCACGCCCACCGCGGCUGAGACGGACGCACGCUUCGCUCAGUAUGCGAAGGCGGCGCAAGAGGAAGACGAAGAGGAGGAGGAGGAGGAGGAGGAGGAGAGGAUGCCCAACCUGCAGAAGGACGACAUGCUGGCCCGGAGGACGGGGGCGUUCAGCCGCCGCGCCGCCCCGUACAACCACUUCCUGCCCCUGCCGGCGUCCAAGCGCGGCACGCAGGGGGAGGUGCAGACGGACGCCGCGCCGCGGGGCAGGAAGGCCGUGAGGGCCGAGUGGGAGAGGAGGGCGGAUCCCAGAGGGUCCCCUGUGAGAGAGUUGCCGCAGGAGAGCAUCCGGGUUCCCGUGGAAACGCCUCCCCAGCAGCGGGCACCGGACCAAGCCAUCGCCCGGCCGUCCCCACGUAGUGACGACGAUGAGGACGAGGAAGAGCAGGAGUGCGUGGUGCUCCCCGACCCGGAGAAGGACGAUAUGAUGGCGAGAAGAACCCGAGCGUUUAACACACAAACUGCCGCGGGGAAGAAAGCGCCAGUCAAUCGAUUCUUGCCGGUGCCUGGGUCCGCUGUACAUAGAAACGUUGCGCCGCCUUUGCCCGUGUCGAAUCCCCCGCUGCAGAGCAGACUGAAAACAGCAGAGAAGAGAAACACAGACAGCAGAAUGGCUGCUGAGUCAGUAGAAGAUCCACUCAUACCUCCUCAGAAAGCCCCCGGCAGAUUGCCCACACGGGCCGGGGGGGAGGCAGAGGAGCAGGAGAAAGAGGUGGAGGAAAAGAAAGAGAGACGUCGAGAAGGAGACGCGACGCUUCCUAAUACCUCCGCCCCCCUCGCCCGUCAAACCGCCACCCCCCCGGGAGGCCCUCCCGCUGGGGCUCCUCAGGGUGUGGGGUCCCUGGGGGGCCGGCAGAGCUCUGAGGGGGAGGCGGGGGUGACCGAGGUGAAGGAGGUGGAACGAGGGCCCGUGGAGAUGCGUAGCAAUGGGGGGGAGCCCCGCGAACCGCAGUGGAUGGAGGAUGAUGAUCUGCCCCCGAUGAUGAUGAGUCGACGGGUUGCUUAUAGGUCUGAUGACAAAGAGAGCAUGAGUAUGGGUGACAUGCCGACGGAGGAGGAGGCCAUGGGGUCCGUGCCCCCGCUGAACCAGUCCCGCUUCGAGCGGACGCACGAGACGCUACACAACUUCGAGGAGGAGGACGACGGUUGGCAGGACAAUCUGGCCCGCUGGAAGAACCGCCGCCGCAGCGCCUCCCAGGAGCUGAUCAAGAAGGAGGAGGAGAGGAAGAGGAUCGAGAAGAGGAUGAAGGAGAACGGGGUGGACAGCGGCAAGCGGAAGAGCAUCAAGACCUACAAAGAGAUCGUGGAGGAGAAGGAGAAGCGGGAGAUAGACCUGUGUGAGUCCUACCGGAGAGCCCAGACCCCAGAGGAGGCCGCCAUGGUGCUUCAGCGCUACGCCCUUCGCUUCACCAUCAGCGACGCCACCCUGGACAGCCUGAAGCUGCCCCGAUCCACCUCCCCGAACACCACGCCCGCUGACCCGCACCAGACGGACCAGGAGCCCCACCCCCCACCACAGAGCACACACCCUCCCUCUGAGACCCCAGAACCUCCGCAGCUCCGACCGGAUCCCGCUCGGAUGACGGCGCAGCACCCGAAACCCCAGGAGAACGAAGGGGAGGAGGGAGUCCCGGAGGCCCGGUCCUCCACGACCCCACCGGGUUCCUCGGCCGGUCCCGUCGGUCGGUCGCGACCGUCUCUGCCGCCGCGUCCGGCGCCUUCAGAACUACGACCGCAUCAGCCCCCCCAGGGAGAGCCCAGGGGGACACCGCACACGCCGCCGGCCACCGGAGAGGCCCAGCCGGGACAAACCAAAGGGUUCCAGCCUCAACCGGCGAGGGAAGAUCAAGAAUCUGCAAAGACUGUACGCGUCCACCAUGUCUCCCCUACACCCUACCCGCCGUCCAAACCCGUGCCCCUGCUCACAGCCAAACCCUACUGCCUUCCCGGGAGCAGCCACAGCGCUCGCAAGUCUGUUCUGUUGGACGGCCUUGUGCGAGUGAAUGGAAACGUGAAAGAGGAGUCUAAAUUGUCGUCCACCCCUGCCUCCUCCACCUCUCCUCUCCUGGAGAAUCCUGCUUCCUCCGUCUCACCUCCACACUCCACGGAGGAGAAAGGGGAGGAUACUGCCUCCUUCUCUCCCCCACAGUCCCCAAAGCAGGAGAAGGAGGAGCCUGCCUCUGUCUCUCCUCCACCCUCCACAGAGGAGAAGAAAGAGCCGGCUCCCUCUUCUACACGUCUUUCGUCUCAAGAGGAAAAGAAGGAACCUGUCUCCUCCUUCUCUCCUCGACACUCCCCAAAGCCGGAGGUGCAGAAGCCUGCCACCUUCUCUCCCCCACUGUCCCCACAUAAGGAAAAGGAGGUCGCUGUCUCCUCCUUCUCUCCCCCACAGUCCCCAGAGCGGGAGAAAGAGGAACCUGUCCCCUCCUUCUCUCCCCCACUGUCCCCAGAGCAGGAGAAGCAGGACACUGUCUCCUCCUUCUCUCCCCCACUGUCCCCAAAGCAGCAGGUGGAGAAGCCUGCCACCUUCUCUCCCCCACUGUCCCCAGAGCAGGAGAAGCAGGACACUGUCUCCUCCUUCUCUCCCCCACUGUCCCCAAAGCAGGAGAGAGAGGAACCUGUCCCCUCCUUCUCUCCCCCACUGUCCCCAGAGCAGGAGAAGCAGGUCGCUGUCUCCUCCUUCUCUCCCCCACUGUCCCCAAAGCAGGAGAGAGAGGAACCUGUCCCCUCCUUCUCUCCCCCACUGUCCCCAAAGCAGCAGGUGGAGAAGCCUGCCACCUUCUCUGCCCCACAGUCCCCACAUAAGGAGAAGGAAGACCCUGCUUCAGAGCAGACAGCAGCAGACAGCCAGAGAACCGCUUCAGACCAGCCGACAACGGAGAGCCGAGGCUCCCGUUCCGGGUCGGCCAUGAGCGCUCUGAUUGGAGGAAGGAACUGCAUCAUCACCACCACUAUUGUGACGGAGCUCACGCAGACUGUAGUGGAGCCCAUCGCCAUGGAGACCGAUACUGAUGGAUCGGUCAAUGGCACCACGGAGCGAUUUGACUCAUCAACAGAAGAGAAAGAGCCUGCACCAGCUGCUCUACCCUUACCUUCAUCGUUGCCAUUGACACCAUUAUCCCCAUUUACACCAUUAUCACCCUUAUCACCGUUAUCCUCAUUAUCACCAAUAUCACCAUUACCCACCAACGGGCAGAUGUAUUCUCCAACUAUAUCAGAGGGCAUCCAAGAGAGCUGCUCAACUAUUGAGACCCCCAUGUUGAACUUGGCUAAGCGUGUUAAUCACUGGGUCUGGGACCCCAAUGAGGAGCGUAAGCGGCAGGAGAGGUGGCAGCGGGAGCAGGAGCGCCUCCUUCAGGAGCAGUACCAGAAAGAACAAGAGAAACUGAAGGGGGAGUGGGAAAGAGCUCAAAAAGAGGUGGAGGAGGAGGAGAGGAGACACAACGAAGAGGAACGGAGGAUUCUGGAUGAAACUGCGACGCCUCUUAAUCCUUCUGGCCUGGCCAAGCCGCCCCGCCCGGCUCCAGAGGAGGAGGGCUCCAGACCGGCCCAGCCCAACCACCAGACCCUGGGAAGGGCUGCACACGCAGAGCCCCACAUCCAGAGACCCACCACCGCUAACGAAGAUCAGCACAAAUCAAAGCUCCAUUUCUUCCAGGAGUCAUCUCAGGAUAGCGAGGCGUCGAGGAAACACGACCUGUGGAAGACCUCUUCCUUGGACCGCAACACCCAGCUCCUUCAGUCCAACACAGUGAAGAGGUCAGGCUCUGACAACACAGUGGCCGGAUCACAGCAGCCUCCAUCUUCCUCCUCACAGCCUCCUUCACCCAGCAGAUGUGUCAGUGGGAAGAGGUUGUGCUCUGGAUGUUCUCAGCCUCUGGGGAAAGGAGCGGCCAUGAUCAUUGACACCAUGGGACUGUUCUUUCACUUGCCGUGUUUCAAGUGUGGCGUGUGCAGUGGCCAGAUGGGGGACACCAGCACUGGGACCGAUGUCCGGAUCCGCAAUGGACAUCUGACCUGUAACGAGUGCUACAUCGCCACUCGUGGUGGAGGUCAGCCCACAACACUAUGAGGACCAUGAUCCUCUGCAGCAGCCCAACCCUCCCUCCAUCACUGACAGACAGACAGAUAUUCAGACUACUGUGAUGUGACCCGUUUCCCAGUAGAACAGGAUAUCAAGGCGGGUUAAUAAACAACAUUUCGGCCCUGGGGAGGGGUGUGUAUUGAUUUGUGAUCCUGUGAACCGCCCAAACGAUGUAAUCAAUACUUUUGGCGGUCAGAUUGAUAUGCACGUCCACACGGACAUUUGUGUUCUUUUUAGAUACAAUAAGGUAUUCAUUAAUGAAUGAUUAUAUACAAUAAUAUUAGUUUCAUUUUGUCUUUGACAGUAAUUUAGGAAGGAGAACUGGAAUAUUUUUUAAUAAAACAUAUAUAGAUAUAUAUGGAUCUAUCGAUGAAGAAACGACUCGAGUGCCAUUAGGUCCUUGCACAUCCAUAUAGAAGCACAGUCAUGGACACAUGGACAUUUGCCCAGGGAAUGCAUUAAGCCCUUUGUAUGUCCGCUAUACAUCAUGGCGAUCUGAAAGCAUAGUAACCCAGCCUUGGGUUUGAAAGCUUAUUGUAGCCUGAACAUUUACAAUGCCUUACUCACAUCUUCUCGUUUAGUUUUGUUUUCUUUUGGGUUUUUGUUGACUGCUUUGCAUGAACGAAGAACAUAAAUAUCUGGGUUGGAUUGUUUUUUAUCAGAGUAUUGUCUGGAUUACUUAAAGUAGGUUUUGCUCUUAUAUAUUCUUAUCCCCAGUGGCACUUUGACCUUCGGUGUUCCUCUCUUGUUGUACUUCAACAUUUUGGGGUUUAGGGAAGCCAAUCUCGUGUGACUUGUGAUCAGACAUUAGAGUUUUUCUUAAUUUUUAAUCAGAACGCAUGCUAUUGCAACAUUUAAUGUUAUUUGAUAUUUUGCAUUAUUUCCCUCAUGUUUGAUUAUGCGUUUUUUCUUUGCGAUAGCUUGAUUGCAUCAGACUCAGUGCCUUAAGUUAUGAGCAAGGAGAGAGAAAGUAUGAGAAGACAGUUUUGUACUUACGCAGAUCUCUGGGUCAGGCACAGUGAAUGAAUGUGUAUGUUAUUAAGUAUCUGUGUGUGAGUGUGUCCGCAAACAUGCUGUUUUCACUUGAAGCACAGUUCCAUACCAGCAAAAAAUAUUUUUCAACCUCCUAACCUUGAGCUUACCAAUGAGAAAAAUGUAUUUGCUGCUUCCCCAACCUUCCCCACCCCUCAUCGAAGUUACGGUAGUUCCCCCCUCUUCACGAUUGCUGCCUCCUCGUGGUUUGAAUGUACCUUUUGCCCUCUACUUCCCGCGCUAUUGCCUUUAACCUGAAACACGUGAACAGAAGAGCUUAACACCGUGUUAUCCACUCCCCGCUCAGCGCUAACAGUCUAUCUCACACAGUUCAUUGUCUUUUAUAGCAAGGGUAUGUUUGUCAAUAAAAUUGUGAAAUUAAA